AUGGUGAGUGAUAGUCCAAAUCGACAUGGCAUAGGUAUAGGUAUGGGAGCGUUCCGACACAAUAGCAAGGAAAAAUCUUCAGACGACGGAAUAUGCCUGUUGGAUGGGGAUGCUGGAGCUGGAAUCAUGGAUGGCCUCUGGUGGGAUGGGAAUACCAAACGAACAAAGAAGGUCGGUGUCACCGGUAAAUACGGUACUCGUUAUGGUGCCUCUUUGAGGAAGACCGUCAAGAAGAUGGAAAUCACUCAACACGCUCGAUACGCUUGUCCUUCAUGCGGAAAGAACGCCGUCAAGAGAACCGCUGUCGGUAUCUGGAAGUGUAAAGGAUGCAACAAGCAAUACGCUGGAGGUGCUUACACCUUCGGUACUCCUUCCGCUGCUACCGUACGAUCAACCAUCAGACGAUUAAGAGAAGUUGCCGACUCAUAG